GGCGCGGGACGUUCCAGGGGUGCUCGUGCGAUGGAAACCAGAGGGCAUGAUUUGGGAGAGGCAGCCAGGUCAGGUGCGAUCUUGACUCCAAAGAUGCCAAUUGUGGAGCUCAGCCUCGCCUGCAGGGAGCUGUCCCCCCCCACGCCUGAGAGGACACCCAGUGCCGUGGUGCAGGUGGCGCUCGUCGAUGCCCAGGAGCAGAGCCUAGCCCCACAUUCCUGGACCGAGGUGGUUGAGGGAACCAGGGACCCCCUUUUCCUGACCGGCGUGACUUUCCCCCCCGGAUACCCCAUCUGCGAGGAGACCCGGGUGAAGCUCACGGUGUACGACGUGAAGGACCCUUCCCAUGAGACCAGGAAUAUUCUGGGCUACGCCACGUUCUCCGUGGGGGACUUGUUGAAGUCGAAGGAACAGCAAUUAACCAUUAGCCUGAGGACCUCCGAUGGUACCAGCGCAGUCGGGGCAGUCGUGGUCAGCCGUCUGAAGAUGGGGGAGAUUGAAGACGGAGAGGUGGACCACAUCGCGGCGGAUGUGCCGGGACAGAAGUGCACGCUGGUGUGCGAGUCGCCGCACGGGACCUUGAAUGACCGCGAUAACAACCCCCUGAUGAACGCCGUGUUCAAGAACCCCGUGAGCAAGUUAUACCGCUUCCAGACAGCGGACAGCCAGUGGAUGCAGGUCCGGGAGCAGAUGGCGGAAUGCACGGUGUCGUUCGGCGUUCCCAAGCAGCUCCUGGCUCUCUACAUCCAGGAAGAUGCGGCAAGGAUAGAGGAGCUGAAGAACCUGGGCGAGCUGUCGCCACACUGGGACAACCUGCGGAAGGAGGUGAUCGCCCACUAUGGACAAGUCAUCAGCAGCUAUCAGGAGACGCUUGGGGAGCUCAGCAAGCUAACGGGGCCGUCUUUCAAGCCCAGCUGCCAUAAAGGGCAGAAGUAUUUGGAGUUCGUGCCUAUCAAUCUGCACACCCAGAGGAUGCGCGUCACAUGUCCGCGGGGAGCAGACACCAUGUAUGACAUCAUCACGGUGGGGGCCCCGGCCGCCCACUCCCAGGGCUUCAAAAACGGCGGCCUGCAGAGGCUGCUCAGCCGAUACGAAGCAGAGAAGAGGAACUUCAGCACGGCAUACCAGUGCAUCUACUACUCCCCCGAGGACACAGCCAAAGCCCGCCAGGUCCUCACCAGCAUUGGCCAGCUGUACCCCCUCAUCUCCAGCCUGGCUGACCGCCUUCUAGAAUCUGCCCAGCAGCAAUCUCUCGACCGCCUGAAGGAGGCGCUGCAGACGCUGUCUGACAAGACGGAGCAGUUCGUGCACGCCCUGAAGGACGAGCUGGUGAAGACAGCCCUCCUGGCACUGCACACCGCACGCCCCGGCUACGUCACCAAGCUGGGCCCCCCAGUCUGCAAUAAUGUGGGGCGGCCUGGAAGCGAGACCCCCCCCACAGCAGACAGCCCCACCUCUCAGAAAGCCCAAGACUCCAUACCCCACCACUCUGAGUAUGACGAGGAGGAAUGGGACAGGGUGUGGGCAAACGUCGCCAAGGCCCUGAACUGCAUCAUCGCCAUGGUGGACCAGAUACGGGAGAGCCACGGCGACGAACCAGAGGCGGUGCCAUCGGAGGCGGCCCUGACUGAGGCCACGCCCCCUCUGUGCCCUGGGGACUGGCCGGAGCAGCUGCGCCCCCUGGUGGACGUGCUGAAGGGCUGCGUGACAGAAGUGGCGGACCGUGCCAGGAAGUCCAUGACGUUCGUGCUGCUGCAGGAGGCAGUGUGCAGCAUCCCACAAGGCCUGCUGCUGAAACAGAGGCGGGACGUGGUCUUCAGUCAGGCCCUCGCCGCCCUGACCUGCGGCUUCCUCAUGAGGCUCUACGCCGGCGUGGAGGACAAAGGUUUCCUGCAGCAGCUGCACGUCGUGGGCCUGGUGGCUCAGUUCGAGAGUCUCCUCAGCACCUACAGUGAGGAGAUCGGCAUGCUGGAAGACAUGGAGGUGGGCAUUUCGGACCUGCGAGGAGUCGCGUUCAGGAUCACGGAGGCCGUGUCGCACAACCCCGCUUACUUGCAGCCUCUUAUCCUCGGCAGACGGGACCACUACACUGUCGAAGUGCCGUUACCACCCGACGUGUUCCAGGCGUUACCCAAUGAGAUUAAAGACGGAAAGCCCUUACAAGUGUAUCCAGUGCUCUUUAACAUUGGUAUAAAUGAACAGCAGACAAUUGCAGAAAGGUUUGGGGACAUUUCUUUACAGGAACGAAUAAACGUGAAAAACUUUGAGACUUUAGAUGGCUACUACAAGUCCCUAAGCGACAAGGUGCCACUGGAAUGUUUACCUUGUUUCCAAACACAAACCGAGUUGAAAGAUUUACUGGGGACUCUGGGACAGAACGUGGGGACAAAGAAACGAAAGAAUGUGGAGAUCUUAUGGCUGGCAGGAGCGAUCUGCCGGCGAAUGAACGGCAUCCGCUUCACCAGCUGCAAGAGCGCCAAAGACAGGACGUCCAUGUCGGUCACGCUGGAGCAGUGUGCCCUGCUGCGGGAUGAGCACCAUCUCAGCAAGGAGCACUUCCUUCGGGCGCUGGACUGCAUGCGCAGAGACGGAUGUCGGAUUGAGAACGUGCAAAAGAACAUAAGGUGCCGGAAGUAUGCCUUCAACGUUCUACAGCUGAUGGCCUUCCCCCGGUGCUAUCGACCCCCAGAAGGCACCUACGGGAAGGUUGACUCGUGAGCACCGGAAAUCCCCCCCUCACCAAGGGAAAAUAUGUGCCCCCCUCCCCCAAGCAAUACAAUACCCCAGUCAGCAAAGGUGAGACAGGUAUGGUGGAUCUGUACACAGGAAGUAACCCUACAAGUACUUCCAGAUAAACAGUGUUAUCAUCUAAAUAGCUAUACUUCAAAAUGAAGUACAUUUUGGUGUUAUCGCGUGAAAUGUUUCCUUUUAAAUGUUUUUGUAUUUUUUUUUUUAUAAUUUAUAUAGACAGUUCAGUCUGCUGGCAAACUUUCUCCUACACAAACAUACUCGCUUUUAUGCAGCUCAACAUACCAUCAUACAAGCAUAACGCCGUUCAGUAAAACAAGUACGAGCGCAGCGAUGGCGGUCAUCACUCAAAGAAUAUCUUCGCGAUGACACAACUAGAAAAGAAUGGACAUGCCUGGCACAGCGUGUAGGGGCUGCUUCAAGUCUAAUUUCUCGGUCGGGGUUGAUUUCAUUUUGGCUGUAGGCCACCUUGCAGAUUCUCAUAUUUGGAUAUCCAUGUAGUCUUUUCAUGAAAAUGAAAGAAAAAAAACAAAACAACAACUGUGCAUCUUGAAGGUGAUUUCAUGCUUCUGUUCUGGACUUUCCCAGGAAACCAAGUUUUGUUUUCAUUCAGAAACCUUUUUAAGAAGAACUACUUAUUUCACGCUGAAGAAAACUAGUUAUGAAACUCCAGCGCUGGGGUAGGUUCCGAACUCCAGGGAUCUUACGUAGGACAAGUGGGGGCAGGGGGGGGGGUCACCAAAUGAAUGAAUGGAAACCCUGAAGCAUACGUGCUGGGGUGUCAUAUGGCCCUGGAGGGCGGUGUGUAUCUGAGCUACUGUCUGAUGAACAGAACAUAAUAAAUAUUGUUCAUAAAAUGGAUAGAUAAAGAUAAAUUGUGACGAUCAGGAUUCUGGCAAUGGAAAUUCUGCAGCUUCGUUUAACAAUUUUGUUUGCGGUUUAUCAUUCUCACAAAGGAGUAAAUUGUUUUUAGCACGUUCACAUUUUUUGCUUAAUUAAAACAUCUAAGAAAUGUUAUUUUCCUCAUAAAAUGUUUAGAGUUUUUGGGAAUCUUGUUUACUGACCUGGUUCGUCCAGAAUCAAGCUGUAAUUGCGGUUGCGUAUUUAUUUUCUGGUGUUAUUGUUCAAUGUGUGUUACCAGCCGUCCAGCCAUUCGGUCGCAGUUAAUCAGUUCAUUUUGUUUCCAACGUAGCGGGUUCUGAUUAAACAAUUUUGCUGGGAUUUUUUGGGACACAAGAUGCAGACAUGGAAAUUCCGUGCCAAUUUCAAUUUUGCAUUCGAAUUUAAACAAGCAACCCAGAGUUGCCAUUGUCACCAGUUUAUUGUUGCUGGGAAAACUGCUUUUCGUUGUUAAUGACCAGAAGUGUUUGACUUAAAGCCUGUGUGUAAUGUUAGAACAAACAAUGGGUUAUGAUUUUUUUUUCCAUUCAGUUCUGUUGCAUUAGUUAUUUAAUGUAUUUAAACCAUGUUUUUUUUUUAAUGCUAUCAGUCAUAUUUUUGAAUACCUUUUAAAUAAACUUUUAAAUUAAAAUA